CGUAGCGACGACGAGAUGCACAAUUGGAUAGAAGCAAUCAACGCCAUAUCUAAUAACCUCGGUGGUCCUUCCGCCACCUCCGCUGGUUUGGCUGCUGGUAGAGCGGCAACUUUACCAUCUACAGCUGUUCAACUCGAGGAGUCACAGCCCAGUAGCAGUAGUCAGGCCCCCUCCAAAGGUCCCAAGAAGAAGUUCCUUACACUUAUGCGCAAAAAGUGA